AUGAUGAUGACUCAAGCAAUACAACAGGUAACUGCUUUAACUGUUGCUACAGUUUUCAAAGUCGUAUUUAGAUUGUGUCACUAGAAGUAACUGGAAAUUAGGGGAGUGUGGCCGAUACAUCACUGCAUCAUCAAUCACAUGACUAGACAAGGUUUAAUCUUGAAACCAUGGCAGAAAAUACAUACCAGUCCCUGGCCAAUAAAAAGCCCCUGAAAAAUCUGCAGAGCAACUAUAUGUACGUCCAUUACAGAGAAAAGUAUCAUGACGGAUCAUAGAUACAGUAAGAACUGUGCCCUUCAGAUGAAAUAUACACUUUACUUUGACUUUUAACAGUUCAUUAGUCAGGCCUAUUUUUGCACAAAGCAAAACCUGAGCCUAAGUGUUUUACUGCAUUGAAAAUGACAUGUCACUACGUUCAACUGUGGCUGCUGUCUACAACUUUAGCUUUUGAGAAAAAAACUAUUCUGCACGCUUGUUAACUUUAUCUCUUUAGGCUUUGCCAUGUUUUUUAUCAUUGGAGUUGUACAUUGCUGCACACAUCCGUAUUGAAAAUGUCUAUUGAACCACCAUAUUAAGGAUCAUUUGCUCUAUACAUUUAUCUUGCUUAAUUGAAAUGAUUUGUUUCAUUUUCCUUGAGAAGCUCCAUAUAGGAAGAGGAUUAUUUAUUAUUUAUCUAGUUCUAUAUUUUUUUGAGAUGAACCAAAUCUUGGUCCACUUGAAGAAGUUGGAAGCAAACAGCAGAGUUCAUGCUUAGAGGACAUCAGCACGCAAAGUGCAGUUGUUGUCAUUCUUGAAUUCCUUGGUGUAAAUUCAAUGACACAUAUUGAAGUAACAAAAGAAUUGCAGCCACUUGCAAAGAAACUUAACAUCAAACACCGGUCUUUAAAGAAAUAG